AUGUCCCGCAAGCCGAUCGUUGGUGGCAACUGGAAGUGCAACCCCAGCAAGCUGGCGGAUGCCAAGGCCCUAGUGGAAGCGUGGAAGGAGAAAGGAUUCGACAAGGACAAGGUGGAAGUUGUAAUCGCUCCGACCGCGCUUCACCUGGGAUCCGUCAAAGCCGGCCUGGAGGGCCUUGGUAUGCAGGUCUCCUCGCAGAACGUGGGCAAGAAUGACAUGGGUGCCUUCACGGGUGAGUGGACCGCCGUGCACCUGCAGGACAUGGAGGUGCCAUAUACCCUCAUCGGCCACUCGGAACGUCGAAGCAAGUACGGCGAAUCCGACGAGGACACAGCCGUGAAGGUGGAGAAGUGCCAGGCAGCCGGGAUCAAGGUGAUCUUCUGCAUCGGCGAGCUCCUGGAGGAGCGAGAGUCCGGCAAGACGGACGAGGUGAACAAGCGUCAGCUCGCCGCUGUGAUCCCGAAGAUCACGAACUGGGACAACAUUGUCAUCGCCUACGAGCCUGUCUGGGCCAUCGGAACCGGCAAGGUGGCCACACCCGACCAGGCGGAGGAGACCCAGGCCAACAUCCGCGCCUACCUCAAGGCUUGGCGCUUCGGAUGA